AUGACCUCUGCGAGAUUGGCCUCAGCGUCCUUUUAUUUUUUUUUCGGUGAGCGCAUCGGACCCCCCCGGCCAACACCCCGGCCCCCGGUCCACGCCUCCCGCGCUCCCCGGUGCCAACGCUGCGACGCCCAGCCCAGCGGGGGCCGUGUUUGCCAGGAUGCCAGGUGCGCGCGGACGGGGUCAAUAUCAAUCAGUCCUGUGUUGCUUGCCGGGGCUCGCCUCGGAUGCUGGGGUGCGGCGUGGGCGGGUGGCCCGUGUUCCGUACCGUGGAUGCGUGGCGUGGCCGUGUCAUUGAAUAGGAGAGGCGCCCUUCCAUUUGUCUUCGUGGAGCCGUUCCCGGCGGCUUGGGGCAAGGGGGCAUCGACUUUCUGGAAGUGGCCUGGGGACGCGGAGAUUUGGCGCCGCCCGCUCCGCACCAGCUGCUGGUCGAGACUCACCCCGGACCGAAGAAUCGGCUGGCUCCCAGGAAUUCGGCUGCCUGGUGCAAUGGGCAUGCCGCAGCCAGCCCAGCGUUGCGAGAGAGCAGGGACGAGGGCAGACGGCUUGCAGACAAUGCGGUGUGGUGUGCGCCGCCGACGCCACGGGUGUCUGGCUGGAGAUGCAGCUCCUGGCGAGCUUGCUCGGAUGUCCGAGACCGCAUACGUAGUCUGUAGCACCAGGGAGCUUCAUCGAACCGGUCGACGUGUGCCCAGAAAGCACGACGAAGAGACGAGAUGCCGUCUCACGGCAGCUGCUGGCCACCUGUCGUGCCCUGCUGUCAGCAGAGAUAGCAGCACGUAG